AUGAUGCACCCACUCUUCGGUGUGCAGCCAGCAGGCUCCUUGCCCAUCACAUAUCCUUACGACACAAUGCUGGACGACCACACACAACAAAUGGCAUGCUCGCAAGCUUCAAGAAGGUUCUCACGAGGGUCCAGUGGACAACGAUCUGGUGGUGCUAUGAGGGUGACCAAGCCUUCAAGCGCCAACAACAGCCCUCGCUCGUCUGGUAUCAUGGCUCGCCGAAAGACUCUCAUGAAUGACGGCAACUUGCAACGCCGACAACAGCAAGUCAUGGAACAGCUAUCAACAUUUUGUGACGUUGAGUCCCAGCAACCCGCCCCACGGUCAUCACGUCCCGUGAGUUGGCAUCCGAGCUCAUAUGGCCAACAACCCUAUGUCCAGGCGCAACAACCCGCGUAUGCCUUGACUACAAGCCACUUGCCUUCCGACCACCAAGACUUGCACGGCAACUAUGCUCAUUAUUCCCCAAUGAUGGAUUCAACUUCAUGCGGUACAUCCCCGCUGGCUUUCUCCCAUCUGCCUCUCCCAUAUCAAUCUACCGACAACAUGACCUACAAUCCUUACCACGGAACGAACAUGUCGCACCACUCCCCCGCUGCUUCUAUGGUCUUGCCGGGUCGUCAACUGCCUGUCAUUGCUGCGCCCGCCGAGACCACUGAUAGCAAUGGAUGGGACUGGAAUACCUUUAUCAUGCACGGUAUUGGCUCCACCACACCCCCCACCCCUGAGACUCUCCCACAAACCCAACUGUCUCAACCAGCAGUAUCAGAGGAUCCUCACUAUCAGGCUCUUGAAGAUGCCGCGGAAGAAGACGGCGAGAUCCUGGUUGGAAUGGGGCUGUACGACACUCCGGAGAAGUACAACGAGGAUCCUCAGCUCAACAACUAUCGAUCUACUGUAUCAUCUUUACUUGGGUCAUCAUUCAGGGCCCAGGAGCCUCAAGGCAAGGGUCUUAAGCUUGAAGAGACAUGGGAGCCUCCCAAAUCUGACGACGAAGAGGAUGAAGAUGAAGGCGACGAAGAGGAGGAGGAUGACGACGAGCAGUGA